GUCACUUGCUUACCUUCCCUCUUCCUUUCCUCGUAAAUAUGAAUCACAUUUUAAUCUUAUCGUUAUCAGUGUAAUUGUAGUGCUUUUAGUCAUUACGAUAGUAUGAAGACACCUGUUAUUUAGGAGUAAGAAAAUGAAUCCCCAACUUAUUUAACAGACAAACGUCCACUAUGUCACAGAGUAAAAUACUUGUUAAAAAAAUAAUUUACAAUUGACUAUUUAGAAAUGGAGCAAAUUACUAUAGAAGGGCAAGCGUACGAUAAUGUGUCAUUUCUAAUUGGACUAUCACUGGCAGUAUCUUCAAGUUUGUUCAUAGGAUCUAGUUUUAUUAUUAAAAAAGUAGCUUUAAAAAAAAUCAGUGCAAGUGGAAACGUUAGAGCAUCAGCUGGCGGAUUUGCAUAUCUUAAACAAUGGCUCUGGUGGCUGGGAUUCAUGACUAUGGGUCUCGGAGAAGCUGCCAAUCUACUGGCAUACGCCUUUGCUCCGGCUGCACUUGUGACUCCACUAGGUGCACUCAGUGUGCUGGUGUCUGCAGUACUCGCCGCUAAGUUUCUCAAUGAGCACCUUAAUUUCAUUGGAAAGAUUGGCUGCUUCCUGUGCAUUGUGGGUUCAGUCCUCAUCGUCAUACACUCACCAAAGUCUGAAGAAGUGAAGAGUUUCAGAGAGUUAGCAACUAAACUAAGUGACUAUCAGUUCUUGACCUAUAUGGCAACAAUUGUUUUCUUAUGUCUUAUAGUUAAAGUCAUAUUUGUACCUCGGUACGGCAAUCAGAACAUUGCAGUGUAUCUGUUGCUCUGCUCAGCUAUUGGCAGUUUAACAGUUGUGUUUUGUAAAGCAGUAGCUCUAGGGAUUAAGGAGACUAUUGCCGGCCAUGCCAAUAAUCUAACACAUUAUAUGUUUUGGAUACUUUUAGUAGCAGCUGUAAUUUGCAUAAUGAUUCAAAUGAAUUAUUUAAACAAGUCUUUAGAUAUAUUUAAUACAAGUGUCGUGAGCCCAGUGUAUUACGUGAUGUUUACAGUAUUAGUUAUUAUUGCAUCAGGGAUCCUGUUUAGAGAAUGGGAGAACAUGGCAGUUAUAGACAUUCUAGGAUGUGUGUGUGGCUUCCUAGUUGUGAUGACAGCAAUAUUCAUGUUAAACACUUUCAAAGAUGUUCAAAUUGCAUUCAGGGACUUGAAUUUAAAUGCAAGAAGGAGACAAAGUACUUUAGACGUAGAAUCUAAUAGUAAUUUCCUGAAUACUCUUCGUAAUGGCCGACCAGCAUGACAAAGGUUA